AUGGAUAUUCUCGAGCGCAAACCCGUCAACCACGCCGUUCACACCAGUCCCGCCCACGACCUCCGGCUGGUGGAAUCGGACAUCCCGGAGAUCCAACCCCACGAGUGUCUCGUCCACGUUCGUGCCACGGGCAUCUGCGGCUCCGACGUGCAUUUCUGGAAGCAUGGCGCCAUUGGACCUAUGGUCGUCACCGGUGACAACGGUCUGGGCCACGAGAGCGCCGGUGUUGUGCUCAAGGUGGGCAGCGAAGUCACUCGGUUUAAGCCAGGCGACCGCGUCGCCCUAGAAUGCGGUAUCCCCUGCUCCAAGCCAACAUGCUACUUCUGCCGCACCGGCCAGUACAACGCCUGUCCGGACGUGGUCUUCUACUCCACCCCUCCGCACCACGGCACCCUGCGCCGCUACCACGCCCACCCGGAGGCCUGGCUGCACAAGAUUCCCGACAACAUCAGCUUCGAGGAAGGCUCGCUGCUUGAGCCGCUCACCGUCGCCCUCGCUGGUAUCGACCGGUCGGGUCUACGUCUCGCCGACCCUCUUGUCAUCUGCGGUGCCGGGCCCAUCGGGCUGGUCACGCUGUUGGCCGCUAAUGCCGCGGGCGCGGAGCCCAUCGUCAUCACGGAUCUGGACGAGACCCGGUUGGCGAAGGCGAAGGAGCUCGUGCCGCGUGUGCGGCCGCUGAAGGCGUCUCUCGGCGAGGACGCGAAGACCUUCGCGGGACGGAUCGUCGAGACGCUCGGUCAGCAGGCCAAGCUGGUAAUCGAGUGCACUGGCGUGGAGUCGAGUAUCCACGCUGGAAUCUACUCUGCCCGCUUUGGCGGCUCCGUGUUUGUCAUCGGCGUCGGAAAGGACAUGCUGAACUUCCCUUUCAUGCACCUCUCCGCGAACGAGAUCGACCUGCGCUUCCAAUACCGCUACCACGAUAUUUACCCCAAGUCCAUCGCUCUCGUCGCGGCGGGCAUGAUCGACCUGAAGCCGCUGGUGUCGCACCGGUACAAGCUGGAGGAGGGGCUCAAGGCGUUUGAGACGGCGAGCAACCCAGCGUCCAAGGCGAUCAAGGUGCAGAUCAUCGAUGAGUAA